CACUGUAAUAAUAGAAGCUUAGAAUUGAAUUCCGGACUUCACGAAAAUAAUUAUUUUUUUAAAAGAGAAAAAAAAUUUGUGCGUGUCUAAAUAAAUGUAUGAGAAUAACAACAGAAAAUUAAAACAAUGGUUGUGAUAUCAAGGAUUUUCUCUCGCGAUUACAGUAGACUGCAAGUAGCGAAAAUAAUACGCUAUGCAGUUAGAGGAAAUUUCUCUACAACCACUCAAGACUCAGUACUACAAGAAUCACAAAAUAAUAAGAUAUCAAAACAAAACAUUAAACAGAAGAAAGCGAUAUCUGAUAGGUAUCGAUUUAUAUAUCCUGAAUUUUUACCAGAUCCAGAUCCCAAGUAUCGUAACUCACUCCGAGAAAAGUUGGAGCGCAUGGAUAUGAUGGCAAGGCGCACACACGUAGCGAUACCCGAGUUCUAUGUUGGUUCUGUAUUAGCUGUAACAUAUUCUGAACCACAUGCUCCUGGAAAAGUUAAUAAGUUUGUUGGCAUAUGUAUCGAGCGAAAAGGAUCUGGCCUGAGAGCCACAUGUGUAUUGAGAAACAUAGUUAAUAACCAAGGAAUCGAAGUAAUCUAUGAGUUAUAUGAUCCUGCAAUACAGAAGAUAGAAUGUCUUAGGCUUGAAAGAAGAUUGGAUUCGCAUCUACGAUACUUGCGGGACGCACCAGCAGAAUAUAGUACCUUUCCUUUUGAUAUGGAACCAGAGUAUUUGCCAGAAGAUGCACCAGUACCUGUGAAUGAGAUCAAAGUGCAACUUAAUCCUCGUCCAUGGUUAGAGAAAUGGGAGCGUCAAGAGUUGAAAGGUAUAACAGAGUUACAGCUUUCUAAUAAACGCAUUAUGAAAGCUAAAGCUACAGCGACACCUUGGGAAAAGUACGAUUUAAUGAAAAAAUAUCGGGAAACUAUCCCCAAGGAGGAUCAAAAUGAAAUAUUUGAUGAAGUGUACACAAAAUUACAUGAAAUGGAAAUUACUAAACGUAGGCAAAAACACAAGCGCACUUUCGUACGUCCGCAGAAAACUGGGUAAACUUUUGUAUAGCAUUUUUCAAUCUGUAUAAGGAAUUAGAAUGAAAUAAAUAUAUUUGUUUUUUGUUACAAUUCUA